AUGAAUUCAUUUAUCAAUUCUAAGAACUGUAGUCCAACGGCAAAUUCGCCAUUGCUCAAGCAAUCUUCCAUAUAUGCAUUGACUUUGGAUGAACUACAAAACACAUUGGGUGGAUCUGGGAAGGAUUUCGGAUCAAUGAACAUGGAUGAACUUUUGAAGAACAUCGGGACUACUGAAGAGAUUCAAUCAAUGACAUCAAACUUCAAUUUGGACAUAAAUGUGAAUUUACAAAAGCAAGAAUCUUUGACUUUAUCAAGAACCAUUUGCCAGAAAACAGUGGAUGAAGUUUGGAGAGAUUUGGUUAAAGAAAAUGGUGGAUGCAAAGAUGCGGAUUUGGUCAAAGAACCAAGUUUUCAGCCACAAGAAAAGCAACCAACUUUCGGUGAAAUGACACUCGAGGAAUUCUUGAAGAGGGCAGGGGCAGUUUCGGAAAAUAACCAAACUCAAGGGUACAAAAACAUGAUUCAGAAUCAAGGGUUUCACCAAGAAGAAUUCUUUCCAGAGAGUAGAAAUGAAGUUGACAUUUUGCAGGGUGCUACAUCUUCAAAACUAUCAAAACCACAGAAGGUUCUCCCGAAACUAGCUUCUUUCAACUCCAACUCUUCAGUGAAUUUAGUGAAUAAUGCUCAGAUGGGUAGUCUUGAAAAUGGAGUUUCGAUAAAUGGAAAGACUGAUCAUCCCAUAAAGGCUGGUUAUCCAUUGGAUUUUUACCAAAAUGGUAAUUUGGAUACAUCUCCAUCACCACCACUGUGUUAUGGUGGUGGCCGCAAAAGGAAAAAGAAUGAUACGUUGGAGAGAAGGGUGGAGAGAAGGGAGAAGAGGAUGAUUAAUAACAGAGAAUCUGCUGCAAGGUCAAGGGCUCGAAAACAGGCGUAUACGAUGGAAUUGGAAUCAGAAAUUGCACACCUCAAAGAAGAGUUGCAAAAAAAGCAGGAAGAAGUCAUCGAGUUACAGAGUUUUCAGAUAUCGGAAAAUAUGAAGUUCUGUGGAGGUGGAAAAUUAUGCUUACGAAGAACGAUGACAGGACCUUGGUAG